UGAAAGAUACACAGUUUUAUGUAUUAUUUACUCUCUGUAAAUAUACUAGCCAAAGAUUUGAUAUCCAUUUUUUGACAUUUACAAUGUAGGGCUAAAUGCUUUAAAGUAUACAAAAACGAACAGACACUAUCAGAAGCCACUCACCUCAGAAUGUUUUCCCAGUUACUUGAUAACUUACUAAUGAAAGAAACCAACAUUACCUUUACGAAGGUGAAACAGUAUCACGAUCAACCAAAAGAAUGAAGAUACUCACGGAAGAUGAAUCUGAUUUAAUUCUGAGAAGUAAAGAAGCCGAAGAACAAUAUGGUUUUUGUUCAAAUGAAUUCAAGAAGACAGGCGUGUCGACUGAUGUGCUGACUCAUCAACAGAGCAAAAAUCUCCGUAUUAACGCCUGUAUUUCCAAUGAUAUCAAUCUUCUCUUUGGCAAUACCAACACCCGUAUCAGCUAUUUCGACUUUUCUGGAGACGAGCCUACACAUUGCAACUGUUUAGUUUUGAUGAAUGUUAUAUAGCUUAUAAAGUCGGGUCGUUUACUAUCCCAAAGAAUCUUAUCGGAUUAGGCCAGCUCCGUUGCUUCUUGUCGCUUUGUACAAUUGGAAGAAGUGUACUAUAGACAACGGAAGAAAAAUAAUCAUCCAACUAUCAAAAGCCGAAGAAGAUUAUGGUCUUGUAGACGUAAUCAAUGAUACUUUUGAUUCUCGUUCAUCAUCUCUGCCAAGGGACACUGUCAAUCAUGUACCGGUGCAUUUCUCUCGAUCUAAAGGCCAAAAAAGAACAAGAUCUGUUGUUCAUGCCGAAGAA